AGGGGCCCAGGGCCAGCGUCACCUUGGCAGACUGCUGCAGCCGGAGCAGGGACAGAGCGGCCCUGGGGACAGUAUGCUGGCCAGGGGGCUUCCCCUGCGCCCAGUCCUGCUCAAAGGCUGCCAGCCCCUCCUGAGCACCCCGAGGGAGGGGCUGGGGCACCCCAGGGUGUCCACUGGAGAGGGAGCCGCCAGUUCCACUCGCCUCCCUCGCCCCUUUAGUGAGAUCCCCUCCUCUGGGGACAACGGCUGGCUAAACCUGUACCACUUCUUGAAGGAGAAGCGCUCACAGAAAAUUCACUAUCACCAAAUCCAGAACUUCCAGAAGUAUGGCCCCAUUUACAGGGAGAAGCUUGGCAACUUGGAGUCGGUUUACAUCAUUGACCCGGAAGAUGUGGCCCUUCUCUUUAAGUUCGAGGGUCCCACACCAGAACGAUAUCGCGUCCCACCCUGGGUUGCUUAUCACCAGUAUUACCAGAAACCCACUGGAGUCCUGCUCAAGAGUUCAGGAGCCUGGAAGAAAGACCGGCUGGCCAUGAACCAGGAGUUGAUGGCUCCAGAGACCAUAAAGAACUUCAUUCCCCUGAUGGAUGCAGUGUCUCAGGACUUCAUCAACGUCCUGCACAAGCGCAUCAAGCAACAGGGCUCUGGAAAGUUCUCAGGGGACAUCAGUGAUGACCUGUUUCGCUUCGCCUUCGAGUCCAUCACCAAUGUCAUAUUUGGGGAGCGCCUCGGGAUGCUAGAGGAGAUAGUGGACCCCGAGGCCCAGCGGUUCAUCGAUGCCGUCUACCAGAUGUUCCACACCAGUGUCCCCAUGCUCACCCUGCCCCCAGAGCUGUUCCGUCUGUUCAGGACCAAGACCUGGAGGGACCACGUGGCUGCGUGGGAUAUGAUUUUUGGGAAAGCUGAAAAAUACACCCAGAACUUCUACUGGGAUCUGAAACAGAAAAGAGACUUCGACAAUUACCCAGGCAUCCUGUACCGCCUCCUGGGAAGUAACAAGAUGCUCUUCGAAGAUAUCAAGGCCAAUGUCACCGAGUUGCUGGCAGGGGGUGUGGACACGACAUCCAUGACACUGCAGUGGCACUUGUACGAGAUGGGACGCAGCCUGCAGGUGCAGGAGACGCUGCGGGCCGAGGUCCUGGCUGCCCGGCGCCUGGCCCAGGGGGACACGAACAAGCUGCUGCAGUCGGUCCCACUCCUCAAAGCCAGCAUCAAGGAGACACUGAGACUCCACCCCAUCUCUGUGACCCUGCAGAGAUACCUCAACAAUGAAUUGGUCCUUCGAGAUUACCUGAUCCCAACUAAGACACUGGUGCAGGUGGCUGUUUAUGCCAUGGGCCAAGACCCCACCUUCUUCUCCAAACCGAACAAGUUUGACCCAACCCGAUGGCUGAAUAAAGACAAGGGUCUCAUGCACUUCCGGAACCUGGGCUUUGGCUGGGGCGUGCGCCAGUGUAUGGGCCGGCGGAUCGCUGAGCUUGAGAUGACGCUCUUCCUCGUUCAUAUUCUAGAGAACUUCAGAAUUGAAAUCCAGCAUCUCAAUGACGUGGGCACUACGUUCAACCUCAUCCUGAUGCCCGACGAGCCCAUCUUCCUCACCUUCAAGCCCUUCAACGAGGGGCUCCCCCAGGCGAGAUCAGAGGGGGUGGGCUCCGCCCCUCCUGCCAUUCAGGCCGGCGGUGGUGUGGGAGGUGGGCCUGGUGGGGUGGGGCUCACGGAGGCGUCUGCUUCCUCAGUCCCUGGCCCCCCUCCCCAGUUCCUUCCUGGCCGGCUCUGACCAGGUGGAGUUGGCGCUCAGCGGCUGACUGUCCUAGCUCAUCUGAGGCGGACAUCUUUCGCCUGCCUCUUCCCCCUGUUCACCUCUCCUGUGUAGGCAAUAAACAGCUGAACUGUG